UGUAAAUAGAAAGUGAUGUUGAAAGUGUUAAAAGAACAACUGCUUUUUGUUGUGCGGUAACACCAGUGAGACAUUUAUUUUAAACUCAAAGUAUGUCUGAUUGUCAAACUAAUGUCAUGUGGACUAUUGUUGUGUUUUUAGGUUGUCUGGCUGUAUGGUGACAGAGGAAGGCUGUUGUUAUGUGUCUUCAGCUCUGAGUUCAAACCCCUCACACCUGAGAGAGCUGGAUCUGAGCUACAAUCACCCAGGAGAUUCAGGAGUCAAACUGCUCUCUGAAAAACUGGAGAAUCCAAACUGUUCAUUGGACAAACUCAGUAUGGAAUAUGGAGGAGAAUCCAGGAUUUCAGCAGGAUCACAAAAAUAUGUCUGUUUUCUCACACUGGAUCCAAACACAGCACACACUGAACUCAGUCUGUCUGAGGAGAACAGAAAGGUGACAGGCGUGGAUGAAAAUCAGCCGUAUCCUGAUCAUCCAGACAGAUUUGAUGAUAUCUCUCAGGUGUUGUGUAGAGAGAGUGUGUGUGGACGCUGUUACUGGGAGAUUGAGCAGAGUGGAUAUGAUGUGGAUAUAUCAGUGUCAUAUAAGAGCAUCAGCAGGAAGGGAGAGGAUGAUAAAUGUUUCUUUGGAUUGAAUGAUCAGUCCUGGAGUUUGUUCUGCUCUCGCUCCAGAUACUCAUUCAUACACAAUAAUAUUGUGACUUGUAUCCCUGUGAAGUCCAUCAGCAGUAGAAUAGGAGUGUUUGUGGAUCACAGUGCAGGAACUCUGUCCUUCUACAGCCCCACAAACACAAUGAGCCUCAUCCACACAGUCCAGACCACAUUCACUCAGCCGCUCUAUCCUGGGUUUUGGAUUUCGUUGUCUGGCCUUUUCAGUGAUGCAGUCAACACUGUCAUUGAGAGGUUUCAGGCAGCCAGAAUUAUCCCUCACCAGGUCCACAAGCCAGUGGCAUCUACGCUUUUCUACCGUCAGGCAGAACGGUUCUAA